CUUGCGUCGCUCCGUGGCUCCGCCCCUUUACCCAGACAUGGACGUUGCGUUGGCGUCUCUGUUUAUAUUUUUGGACAAACGGCGGGUUUAACUUGAAAUUCGUAACGAAACACAAGCUGGAAUAAACUCGGUCUUCUUUGAAACCGCUGGACUCACGUACAGGUCUGAGAAGAUGUCGUCGAUGUGGCAGCAGGAGCCGUCGGGCUACUCCCCCUGCAUAGAGAUCGACUCCAGCUCCGUUCGGACCAAAGACCGGCUCGGCUCUUCCAGCUGGCUGAAGCAGGAGCAGGAUGACCUGCGCAUCAUCAAAUGGGAAAGCUUCCAAACUGGAGGUUCGGCUGAUGCUGUCCAGGACAACACACCCAGCAGCGCCAUGUCUGCCGUCUCAAAUUUUGAUGGUUUGCCCCCGAGGGUUCUGCUGACCAUCACGAAGCUGCAGUGCAUGCUGGAGAGCAAGCAGGAGCGCAUCGCCGCUCUGGAGAGGCAGGUGGAGGACCUGAUGCAGGACCGCAAGUUCCUACGCAGCCAGAUCGAAAACCUCACGAGUAACCGCUCUGUGGCAGCGUUCGCCACCCCCUCUUCAACAGCUGAAGCUCCCAAAUCGAGCAAGGUGCAGCAUUCGGAAAACAAAUCUCGAAAGAGAGAAAGGGCUUCUUCUAGUUCGCUCGCCAGCAGCGACAGCGGCUCUGAGGCGUCGGACUCGUCGGGGAUGUCGGCGGCUUCGAGCGACCACAGGAGGAGGAAGCACCACAAGGACAAGAAAAGAUCCAAGAAAGGGAAGGACUACAGCAGGAAGAGAGCCACCGGUGUCCAGUACGUCAUCCAGCGCUACAAACAAGUCCUCUCAGCCUUCAUCAAGAAGAAGAGCAUGAGCGAGGCCUUCCGUCACCUCGGGAUCGACAGAAACACCAUCGCCAACACGGCGUCCAUCGCCGAGCUGCAUCUGGCUGGCAAAGACAUGGCGCCCCUAGUGGGCACGUUUCGCCAAGGAGAAGAGACUCUGGUAAAUUACGCUCAGCGGUGCACCUUGGUCAUCGACACUGACGCCGACCUGGCCAGAAAAAUCGACCAGAUGAAAGCCAACGGAGAGCUGCUGCCCAUCUCAGGGAAACGGUCGAGGAUGUUGCAUUCUCACAUGCAGCCACUGGGGGGAGCUCCAGAGAGCAUUUUAAUAGGUUGAUUGGCUUUAAUUGAUGCCUUUGCAAAGAGAAGCUGCUGUUUUAUGUAGCAUUCCUCUAAUUCCCCUCCAUGUCUCAACAGACCAGAUGUUUCUACGGCACAUUUUAUAACUCUAUAGCAACUGUAGCGGAUUUAGUCCUGGGAUGUUUUUAUUAUGAUUCAUUUUGUGUCUGCAGUAUUAGAAAGAUCCACAAGAUGGCAGUGUCGACAUGGUGGAAAAGAUUUGCUUCUCUUUUGCUGUUAGUUAUUUUAAAAUGGUGGUAAGGCCGUGUCCUUUUUCCGAUCUCUUGGUUUUUAUUGGAUGUAUUUAAACUGUCGAGAGCAUGUUUCAUGUGAUUUAUACACUGUAAGACAAAUAAGUUAUUUGAAUGAAACGUUGUUCCUAAA